AUGACCCCAUCAACAUCUCAACAUUCCUUCCUGUUGGAACAUUACCGACGUCAAAACAUUGUCUCCGCUGAGCCGCCCCAUGCAGCGUAUCCACAGCUCUGGGGUGGACGGGGGAAGAGCGGAGGCGUUGCUGCGAGUGCCGUUCGAAGGAUGUGGAGAUCACAGGAGCUCGGUCUAAACAAAUCACUGCCCCGUGUGGCUGUAUCUUGCAUGUCUACAUCAGAGAAAGAAAGCCCUGGAGCUGAACAGCGGGAGAAAAAAUUCACAGCCCAUCGGAAGUUUGGCGAUCGUCGUGAAGGCGUGACAAGCGCUCGUACUUAUUUCUAUGCCGAUGAGGCCAAAUGCGACCAACACAUGGAGACUUUCCUGAAAUGCAUCAAAGCCUCGGGUGGAAGUUCUGAAGACGGUUUCUCGGCUAUUAAGAUGACUGCCUUGGGGCGACCACAAUUCCUGCUCCAGUUCUCCGAGGUGCUGGUGAAAUGGAGACGCUUUUUCAGUUUCCUUGCUGCCAAGCAGGGGAAAGACGGUGUGGAGGUGCUGGAGCAGAAACUGGAUCUGGAGCAAUUGCAGACUUGUCUAGCUAGACUGGGAGCUCAAGGCAACAUUCAGAGCUGUUUCUCUGAUGGACGACUGCACUCAUCAGGCAUGGUGGACAUGCUGGACUGGAACCGCCUGAUCGACGAGAGAACGAAGAUAUCUGAUCUGCUGGUUGUCCCGAACCUGGAGACUGGUGAGUUGGAGCCUCUUCUGUCCAAGUUCACAAAGGAAGAGGAGAGGCAGAUGAAAAGGAUGCUUCAGCGACUGGACGUCUUGGCUAAGCAUGCGGUGGAAAAUGGCGUCAGGCUGAUGGUGGACGCCGAACAGACGUAUUUCCAGCCUGCCAUCAGCAGACUCACUGUGGAAAUGAAGAGAAUCUUCAACAGAGACAAAGCUGUCGUUUUCAACACCUAUCAGUGCUACCUCAGAGAGGCAUUUGAUAAUGUGUCCAUGGAUGUGGAGCUAUCAAGAAGGGAAGGCUGGUGUUUCGGUGCCAAGUUGGUAAGGGGGGCUUACAUGUACCAGGAGAGAAGCCGAGCUGCAGAGAUUGGAUACGAAGACCCCAUCAACCCCGACUAUGAAUCCACUAACAGAAUGUACCACAGGUGUCUGGAGUAUAUUCUGGAGGAGAUCAACCACAACAGGAUGGCCAAUGUCAUGGUGGCGUCUCACAACGAGGACACGGUCAAAUUCACGCUGGACAAAAUGAACGAGAUGAGUCUCUUUCCGACGGAGAACAAGGUGUACUUUGGCCAGCUGCUGGGGAUGUGCGAUCAGAUCAGCUUCCCGCUGGGUCAGGCGGGGUUCCCCGUGUACAAGUAUGUGCCGUACGGCCCGGUGAACGAGGUCAUCCCGUACCUGUCCCGCCGGGCGCAGGAGAACCGCGGCUUCAUGAAGGGCUCUCAGAGAGAACGCAGUCUGCUGUGGAAGGAGCUCAAGCGCAGGUUCUUCAGUCGACAGCUGCUCUACAGACCCGUCUACUAAACCUGACGUCUGCUGCGCUCUCUCAGUUUCUCCACACCGAGCGGACAUCUUGUAGGUCUAUAGUUCGUCAUCAGCGGCUUUGAAAUGAACUGGAGUUAAAGACAACAUGAAACUGCAUUCGCAAUGCCUUAAACUUCUGCAGUGUGACGUGAAAAACAGAAAGUGAAACAGUGGAACUUAAUUUGAGAAAAGGAAACCUUUUUAGUAAUAUCUUGUUUUUCUAGAUCAACAGAUGAUUUAUUUAUUUUUUUACGAAGAAAUUAAAUAAAAAGCAACUCAUUGGCACUUAGCAACCGCAUAGCAACACCCUAGCAAUCACCCUGGAUAUCUUAGCGACUGCAUAGCAACACCUUGGCAACCACAAUAAAAAAAUUCAAACUUUAAGCUUUUAAAAGUACUUUUAAACUUCAAACCAUUUCAGACUGAAAACCAUCAAACCCCAGUUUCACAGACAAGGCUUAAACCUAGUCCUAGACUAAAAUGUAAAUCUGAGCGGUUUCAACUGAAAGAAACUCAGAAGCUCGCAAGAGUGAUCUUAAAGCAUUUCAGUGCCUUUGUUUUGUCUUAAGAUGCACACCAGUAAUGUUUUAUUUUUUUUUUCGAAAACAUGUUUGAAAAUUACUUUAAUGUCCUAAUUGAACUAUGGCUUUAUCCUUGCUUAGGCUAACCCCCGUCUAUUAAACCGGACCUUAAACCUCUUAAACUUUUAAUCUUUUCAAUCGUUUUCAAUCUUUCUGGCCAACGUAACGUUUGACUUGAGAAACCUUUUUUUCAAUUAUUUUCAAUCUUCUAUUUGUCCUACACACUUAUUGGAUCUAAUAUGCAUUUGUUGUAUUUUAUUCAACUUAACACAAACCUAGUAUCUGAUAAAAAGCUAAUAUUUAAAAACACAUUUUUAUAUUUUAUUUAUCCCAUGCUGCCAGUUAUCAGAUUUCAUAUAAAUUAUAUAUUUUUUUCUACAUAACCCAUUAUUCAAAAAAAAAUAUUUAAAAACAUAUUCAUUUUUAUUUAUUGUUUUUAAAUUUAAUUUAUUCCACAUAAAUCUUCAAAAAACAAA